UUAUAUGCAUGCGUGUAUGUACUUAUGUUCGUAUGCAUAUAAUAAAACUAUUUGUUGAUGAUCAGCGGAUUUCGCUACCAUUAGUACUUGAAGUCCACCGAUGUCUAUUCGAUAUGUAAUAACUAGUAACUGAAAACUGUCCUUGUGACUUGUAAAUGCAAUGUGUAAUAUAAGAUGAAAAUAAUGACACGCGCAGGUUAGGAUAUCACUCGAGAAAAAAUAUUUUAAGAUUAUUACGAGCGGAGCUACCCUAAUGAAAAAACGUCCGAGCCUAUUAAGCUUAAAUGUGACGAAUAACGAAAAAACAAAAAAAAGCCUAGAGAGAGUGUAAGAACAUCGUCGUAUUAAGCAUAAGCCAUACGAGCAGUCGCAAACAAUAGAAUUUAUCCAGGGAGUAUAGUAAAAAAUAAAGAAACAGAAAACCAGUACCAAUGCCUUUCAUUGCAAUGAACUGUUUGCAUAUUGACAGCCAGGGUGAUCUGUCAAUUAUUAAAAAUGUAAUCGCUCAUAAAGAAACUUUUGAUAAAUGUUUCGACUGUGAUUAUAAAAGUUCCAAUCUUUGGCUUUGUUUAUAUUCCGAAUGUCGAUAUGUUGGCUGUGACAAGCAUCACCAUGAAAUUCAUAACAGAGAAUUACCGUUACACUCGGCAUACAUGAAUUUAUCAACAAAUAAAAUUUGGUGUUACUUUUGUGGGCGGGAGAUUCACACUAUGUAUAUGCCAUCUCCACCGCAGUCUCCAAACAUGAAUGAUCAUAAAACGUUUGGUAAUAAAUUUUCAGGAGAUGCUUCGGGUAACAUGGAUAGCAAUACUGAAAAUUAUGAUUCACACCGGCAGUGUAUUAAAAAAUUCAUAGAUGAUAGUAAUAUGGUUAAUAGAAUUCAUGGGGAAAGAGGAGAUCCUUUUCUCGAUAAAUCAGAAGACUUACCCGAUAGUACAGAUUCUGAUGACGUCAGAGAUUUUUCAGGAAGACCCAGUGGACUAGUUGGCUUACAAAAUAUUGGUAACACUUGUUACAUGAAUUCGGCCCUACAGGCAUUAUCAAAUGUUCCACCCUUAACACAGUUUUUUAUAAAUUGUGGUCAUAUGGUUACUUAUCUCAGUAGAAAUCGUAAGCCACCCUUGAGUUUGAGUUAUUUGCAUCUUAUAAGCGAAAUGUGGUCUAAAGGAACUAGAGGAUUUAUUGGACCACACGAUGUAUUAAAUGGUAUAAGAACAGUUUACCCAAUGUUUCGAGGUUAUCACCAACAUGACACGCAAGAGUUCCUACGCUGCUUCAUGGACCAGCUUCACGAAGAAUUGAAGGAGAACAGAGAGGAAGAUCGCGAAAAUUUGCUGCGAAUGAAGACUUCGGACGAGGCUUCCUCGGAUGAUGACGAAACAGAAGUCGACGGUGCUGGCUCGAGCCAAUCGGACGCUGAAUAUGAGACGUGCGAUUCCGGAGUGAGCGAGCAAAGUUCGCUGAGCGACGACGGCGAAAGAGGUACGAAAAGAAGAUACUCGAAAGUCAGUCAAGCGGACAAGCCAAUAAGUAAAUCCUCGAACCGGGGCGUGAAGAAGGGUACGGCCGAGCCUACCUACUCCCAAAGCUCACCGGCUAAGCAUCGCACGAAGAAGCCCACGAAGACGCGCAGCAUCAUCAGCGAUAUUUUUGACGGGAAGCUCCUAAGUAGCGUACAGUGCCUCACCUGCGACCGAAUAUCAACGCGAAUAGAGACCUUCCAAGACCUGUCCCUGCCCAUACCGAGCAAAGACCAUAUUGACAUGCUGUGCCAGGGCUCGCUGACGCCCCAGAAAUCCGGUCCCUGUUCCAACGUCGUCUACGUAACGAAUCAGCCAAGCUGGUUUUCGUGGAUCAUACAGUGGAUAAGUUCGUGGUUUUGGCCCCCGGUGGUCAGCCUCGACGACUGCCUGUCGGCCUUCUUCAGCACGGACGAGCUCAAAGGCGACAACAUGUACAGCUGCGAGAAGUGCAAUAAACUGCGUAACGGCACGAAAUUCUCCAAGGUCCUCGAGCUACCCGAAGUGCUGUGCAUCCAUCUCAAGAGGUUCCGGCACGAGCUCAUGUUCAGUUCUAAAAUAGCGAGCUACGUGUCUUUCCCACUUGACGAGCUGGACAUGCGAGUCCAUCUGCACGAGGAUUGCGUAUCCAAGGUGACCACCUACGGCCUCAUAUCGGUUAUCUGCCAUCACGGGACUGCCGGUGGCGGACACUACGUCUGCUACGCCCUGAACAGCUCGACGAAUCAGUGGUUCGAGUUCGACGAUCAGCGCGUCACUCCCGUAAAGCCCGAGGAUGUCAAAAAUUGCGGAGCUUAUGUCCUUUUUUACAAGAAGACCUCGCAGGACAUGAUGCAACUACGCGAGGAAAUUGUCGAGCUCAUGGAUACGCCCUCGAAGGAGGCCUCGGAUUUAAAUUUCUUCAUCUCGACCCAGUGGAUCAAUCGAUUCAAUACCUUUGCCGAGCCAGGACCAAUUGAUAAUUCAGAGUUUUUGUGCCAACACGGUGGCGUCGACCCUGCGAGAUCAAAGUUCAUCAAGAAGAUUAGUAGACCUAUCGAGCGACCAAUUUGGGAAUUUUUAUUCAAAAAAUUUAGCGGUGGACCAGUUUGCACACAAUUAUACGAAUGUUCAAUUUGCGAAGAGAAAUACGAGGCAUUGGAGAAACGCCGACUCCAUGAAUUAGAAAUGUACAAUAUUUUAAAUAUACCAGAUAAUCCAACAGCAUUUUAUGCACUGUCUACGACUUGGUUUAGACAGUGGCAGAGUUUUGUAAAAAGCAAGGAGACGCAGCCUCCUGGAGCAAUAGAUAAUAAUUCUAUUGUUGUAAAUAAGAGUGGUCAAGCAGUUUUGAAAAUUGAUUCCGACUACAGUUUAGUGAUAGAAGAACAUUGGCAGUUCUUUGUAAAAACUUACGGAGGAGGUCCGGAGGUGAUAUUGCAUUCAUGCCAACGGCAGGUGCCUCCGCACACUACUAUUCCCAUACAUUCCACUACAAAUGCAACCCUCGUGGAACAGAAUAUAAAAUUUAACCACUUGGAUGCUAAAUCGAAACAAGAGUCACUACUUCACUUACAUCGACCUUCGGGACUUGGUGAAUAUGUACCGCGCGCAAGUAAAAAAAUGCGCUGCUCAAGCUACAUUGACGAAUAAUUAAUAGUGCUGUAAGACUUGUGCGAUUUCAUUUAAAUUGAUGAGUACACGAAGAGUCAAGUAAGAAGAUAAAGUCAAUAUGGAUAUUUAAUUGAAUGUUAUCUUUCGA